AUGCCACUCGAAAAACCUGAACAAAAAGAUGGUUCUGGUAAGCCAGAAGAGAAACCUGACAACGGAACACCACACACACGCAUGAAUUCCUUUAUUCAGACGCAUCAAGGUGCUCAUUGCACUGCAAUAUUGACAAUAAUAAAUCCGAAAAACAACCGUCGCUAUCAAAUACGAACACUAUUCGAUAAUGGAAGUAAUGAAACGUAUAUUUCCGAGAAAGCUGCACGUCGCAUCGGUUUAGAAUUAUCAAAAUUCAAGUCGAUUCCAAUUAAUGUUUUUCAUCACGAAUCACCUGUUACGUUUUCAUCCGCCACCACCUCGUUUAUCGUGACAAAUAACGCCGAUUUUCAUCUUAAUAUAGUCGCAGAUACAGCUCCCAACUUACCUCAAUUUGUUCAAUUAUUCAAUAUCGAUGAAUUCAAACGAAUGAAUACAGAAUACCAAGAUAAACAAUUUGUCAACCAAGGUGAAAAGUACCCUGUCGAAUUGCUGUUAGGAAGCGAUUACUUUUACGAUUUUCUACAACCUGAAACGAAAAUUACAGUCGCUGAUGGAUUACACAUGUGCAAAACGCCAUUUGGGUUUAUUUUGGUUGGUCGUCAGCACGAUCAAAAACGCAACAACAAGUCAAUACUGUUUCAAAUGUCACCAGUUCGAGCUGUAAAAGAACUUUGCGAUCUCGAAUCCAUUGGGAUAAAAGAUAUGCCGCUUACGAGUAUUCAAGAAGAAGAAAACGCAUUAAAACAAUUCUACGAUAAUAUUCAACUCGUAAAUAAUCGUUAUCAGAUUCGUUUCCCAUGGAGACAAUAUCCACCACCGUUGGAAGACAAUUUUGGCUUAGCAAUUGGUCGUUUACGUUCGUUACAAAACAAAUUUACUCCUGAAUCGUUCAACGAAUACAACGCUAAUAUACAGAAACACUUAGAUGCCGGUUACGUUGAAGGAGUCACUGGUAUUGAUAUGAAAACAACGCAAACGUACUAUUUACCUCAUCACGCCGUUUUCACACCUGAUAAAUCUACGACGCAAAGAAUUGUAUUCGAUGGAUCGGCGAAAUCAAAAAACAAACAGAGUAUCAAUGACGCAAUUUACAAAGGUACGAAUUUACUUAGUCAUGGAUGUGAAAUUUUAAUUCGAUUUCGUCUGUACCGCAUUGUUAUAUUGAGUGAUAUCGAAAAAGCCUUUCAUCAGUUGAUUAUACACGCACUUGAUCGAGAUUUUGUCAGAUUUCUAUGGCUACACGAUUAUAAACUUCCUGCAAGUGGAAAAAACCUUCGAAUACUGCGAUUCCUCUGCGUAGUAUUUGGUAUCAUCGCUAGUCCGUUUCUCUUCAACGCAACAGUCCGUUAUCACCUGAAAAAUAACAAAAACGAGUUCACAGAACAAAUGGAACGAGAUAGAUACGUAGAUAAUUUCAUCACUGGGUAUAAAUCAGCUGAGAUUGCCAAAAAAUAUUAUCAUUUUGCCGUCGAAGUAUUUAAACGAUGCUCAAUGAAUUUACGUCAAUGGUCAACAAACGAUAAUCAACUUCGCGAUGUAUUCACUCAACCGGAAAAAUCAGCAUCAAUUUCGGUACUUGGUUUAGUGUGGAACCAAUACGAAGACGUUUUUCAUCUGAAACAAAUUAAAAUACCUGAAGUUAUCACUUUACGCACUGUUUUGAGUACUGUCGCUCAAUUUUUCGAUCCCUGUGGUUACUGGACACCAAUAUCGAUCAAGGCGAAGAUAUUCUUACGCGAACUCCAUUCCACUUACAACUGGGACGAUAAAUUAUCCGAAGACCAUUGUAAUGAAUGUAAUUUGAUAUUCACCGAACUUCAAACUGCAGCAAAACAAACAAUGCCGCGUUAUCAGAACGUUUCACACGACAGUGAUAAGAAUCACUACUGUUUACAUGUAUUUGUCGAUGCUUCGGCGAAAGCUUGUGCAUGUGUUGUGUAUUUAUCAUGCAAAACCGAAGAAAAUAUCACGUCGCAUUUGCUGUUUUCAAGAACGAAGUUGGCUAAACUUACUGAUAUUCCAAAGUUGGAAUUAAUCGCCGCUUAUAUGGGUAUGAAAGCUUUACAAUUUGUACGCGACUCACUGCCAUUCAAAAUCGAUACUCAAGUACUUUGGUCUGAUUCCAAAUGCGUUCUCACUUGGAUACUUACAAGUAAAAUACUUCCUGUUUUUAUUCAACGCCGAAUUGAUGAAAUACGCAACAUUCCGAACGUUAUCAAAAAUUUCAUUCCUGGAAAAGAAAAUCCAGCCGAUAUACCAACCAGGGGAAUGUUAGUUGACGAAUUGUUGAACUCCUGUUGGUUUAAUGGUCCAACUGACUGGUUAAAACGAUCAAACGACUGUACAACUUUACCAUUCGAACUUACACCUGAGCUAGAUGUGAUUACGAUCGAAGAACCAAGGACUGUACUUACCACUAACACUGACGCAACGCCGCCGCUUUACGUUUAUCCGUUCGAUAUAAAUCCAGCAGAUUUCGAGUCAUAUUCGCAUUUACUUUGA